UAACUUCGAACUGGACUCGGAAAAUAAUCAGAAGCCGCGCUCGGGAAAUAUCCCCUCAAAAUCCGAUGGCGCGUCCACUCUUUCAAAAGGCCGCGAAUUCCUCUCCCCCCGGUCUCGAUUUCUUAUAAGAAAGGAAGCCUCGUGUCAAAUUCCAAAGCCCUAACCUUACCCUUCUCUACUUAGGAUCGCAGCCCCAAAGAUAUCGUUGAUAUAAUAAAGAAAGAAACCCUAGCUCGGCAUGGAGGCCGAAUCACUUCAUCCCCCUGCUCCCCCAAACGACUCUGAUCCGCAAAACAUGGAAAAAUCCUGUCUUUCGCCGCCUCGUUCGAAUUAUCAGCCCCGUCUCGUGGGAGCCGCUCUCUGGAAUUUAGGGAACACGUGCUUUCUCAAUGCGGUUCUUCAGUGUCUCACGCAUACGGUUCCUUUAGUGCAGAAGCUUCAAUCCGUCGAUCACUCUUCUACUUGUUGUGGAGGUAAUGGGGAUUUUUGCUCUUUCUGUGCACUGAGAGAACACAUCAACCUCAGUAUUCUCGAGUCAGGAAACGUUAUCUCCCCCACGAGGAUUGCUGAUAAUCUGGACAAAAUAUCAUCUUGUUUUCAGAGGGGGAGUGAAGGGGAUGCCCAUGAAUUCCUCCAUGCUUUGCUGGAUAGCUUGCAUAGCUGCUGCCUCGACCCCAGCUUGAAGGACCACCCAUCUUCAUUAGAGAAAGACAGCCUUGUCAAGCAGGUUUUUGGAGGCCGUCUCAGAAGCCAGUUGCGAUGCUGUGAUUGUGGUCGCUGUUCAGACACUUUUGAGCCCCUGCUUGAUCUCAGCUUGGAGAUUGGUGAUGUUGACACCCUUACAGACGCUCUGGUGUCUUUCACCAAGGUGGAGAAAAUUGAUGAUCCUGAAACCAAGUUCACCUGUGAAGGCUGCAAGGCUCAGGUGUUGGUGGAGAAGCAACUUAAGCUCGACCAAGCUCCAGAAGUCGUUGCACUUCAACUCAAACGAUUCAAGAGCAUUGGCUUUUUCGCUACGAAGAUUGAAAAGUUUGUGGAUUAUCCAUUGGAGCUGGACUUGAAUCCUUUUCUUAGUUGCCCAGAGGAUGGGGUGAAGCUAAAAUAUGACCUAUAUGCAGUCCUGGUGCAUGAUGGUUCACCUUAUUCUGGGCAUUAUUACUGCUUUGUUCGUUCCUCUCCAACAGCGUGGUACCAAAUGAAUGAUUCUGAGGUGACCAGAGUUUCUGAAACCCAUGUCUUAAACGAAUCAGCCUUUAUCCUUUUCUAUAUAAAGCAGGGAUCCUCACCCUGGUUUUCAACUUUAAUGGAUGCACAGAAGGUACCCCACCUGGAUGACAGCAAUGAUGCUUCCCCAGUAUCUGUGUUGGAUCAUAUAGAUAGAGAUCUUGUUUCCCCUUCUAGUGGAGAGACUAGUUGCAGCAGUUCAAGAGGAAUACAGGGGAAGGAUAAUGACCCCAGUCAAUGCUCUAAUUUUUCUUCUGUUAUAGAUGAAGAAAGAUGCCAUGUUGCAACUCCUAGCGCUCGCUACCACAGGAGCCUCGAUGAAGGAUCUUACAAAGCUAUGCCAGACAAGUUUAUCAUAAAACGCACCAAAGAGUCCACCUCCAAUCAACAUAUCACUGAUAUUUUCCAAGAUGAGCCAUUGGAAGAUGAGAAGGAGAAUCACUUUUUUCCACAAUUCCAAAAGGAAUUGAAGGUCCCUAAGAAAGUAGGGAUACCCAUCCUCGACACCAUGAAGGAUGUACCCAUGAACGAGCUACUCAAAAGAUUGGUGAGAGGCAUGCCUAGUUCACGGAGGUCAAGCAUUCUGGCCUGCCUUGCCACGCAGCACAAGCCUUUACAUAAGCGGCCUCUUCAGGAUAAAAGCCAGCGUCCCACUAAGAAAAGAAUGAGAGCGCAUUUUGAUUCACAUCAUGCCGAUGUUGAGGAUGGCUCUCCCAGGAAAGCAGUAACGGCAGCACAGUUAACGUCUAUAUCUCGCCAGAGCCUUAGCCCUCGCUCUAUCAGACGUGGUUUGUUUAUAGAUGACUCCGAAUCGGAUCUUGAGCUUGUCUCUCGUCAGUCAGAUGAUUAGCCUGGCAGCCACAUCUGCCUUCUCAUAUUCGGGCGACAUAAUUAACAAUCCUUCCAUCUAAAGCUCCUUUUCUAGUUAAAGGUUCGCUAAAACUUAUGUGGAUGUUUUCUAACUUUUAACCCAUUCUUGUCCAAAUGCUCCAUCUUCUGUAUAACUUAGUUAAAAAGAUUAUUUUUAGUUCUUGCA